CUUACUCCUUUGAUGAUCUUUGUCGAUUCAAUUCUCGUUUAAUUAUAUGCUUACAGUAUGCGUUUUUGCUCUCCGAUCUGCACACUGAUGUCUAUUUAUCAUUGUUAUUUUUGCUCUCUGUGAUGUUUUUGUAUUGUUUACGAUUGACUGAUAACGCGUCUGUAUACUCUGAUGUUCUUGUGGUUUGUGAUCGGAAUGAAAACCCUCGGGAAACACUUAAAAUCAAGGCUGGAAUCUCUUAUCUGCUCUGUUUUGCUGGAAAGCAUUUUCAAAAUGUCUUUCUUGUGAUGAAACACUUUAAAAUGAGCUUGAGAUUUGGCUAUCUCUAUGAUGCCAUAGGCCUUUGAUCCGAGGGAACAUUUCGUAUCAUUUUAACACUAGUCCUGAUAGAGUAUACUUUCUUGUCUUGUGAUUAGUUUGUUAUACAUUGGCUUUCAUUUGUCUGAAUCGCUUACACUCGUUUAGAAUUUGUAUUUCUCUUUCUUAAGAGAUGAAACAUAUAUUUGCAUACCUGUAUUUUUUUUUUGUUUUCUUUAUUUAUAAAUGUUUCUUCUAUUGUUUCAUUUCAUAAUUUGUUAUUGCAUAUUGCUGUUUGUUUUUUGUUUGCUUUUUGUACAAAUUGUUCUGUUAUUGAUUUAUUUAUGUUAUUGGAUAUUACUGGUUUUAGGAAUUGGUUUGGUGUUCAUUGAUCUGUUGUAUGAAUUUCUGCUAUCUUCUGAAGAGUUAACUUAUAUUUACAUAUAUCUGAUUUAUUUGUUAGAUUAUGAGUCUUGCAUCAUAUAGGACACGUUUUUUGGUUGUUUGUUGAUUGCUUCAUUAUUUUCUUCAUCGUUGUGUAAAAGACAUCUUAUUUUGGCAAUGUUUAUUUGGAGUAGAGUUAUGUCUCACAGAAAGUUUGAGCAUCCAAGACACGGUUCUUUGGGUUUCCUUCCAAGGAAAAGGGCUAACAGGCAGCGUGGCAAAGUGAAGGCCUUCCCCAAGGAUGAUCCUACAAAGCCUUGCAGACUCACUUCCUUCUUGGGGUAUAAAGCUGGGAUGACUCACAUUGUCAGAGAAGUUGAAAAACCUGGAUCAAAGCUCCACAAGAAGGAAACAUGUGAAGCUGUGACUGUGAUUGAGACACCUCCGAUGGUGGUUGUUGGUGUUGUUGGGUACGUGAAGACACCCCGUGGUCUGCGAUCUCUAACCACUGUCUGGGCUCAGCAUUUGAGCGAAGAAGUGAGGAGGAGGUUCUACAAGAACUGGGCCAAGUCUAAGAAGAAGGCUUUCACCAAAUACUCUAAGAAGCAUGAAACCGAAGAAGGUAAAAAAGACAUUCAAAGUCAAUUGGACAAGAUGAAGAAGUACUGCACUGUCAUCAGAGUUCUUGCCCACACUCAGAUAAGGAAGAUGAAAGGACUCAAGCAGAAGAAGGCUCAUCUGAAUGAGAUUCAGGUCAACGGUGGAGACGUAGCAAAGAAGGUUGACUAUGCCUACAGUCUAUUCGAGAAGCAAGUCCCUGUGGAUGCUAUCUUCCAGAAAGAUGAAAUGAUUGAUAUCAUCGGUGUCACUAAAGGGAAAGGUUAUGAAGGUGUGGUUACAAGAUGGGGUGUGACCCGUCUUCCAAGGAAGACUCAUCGUGGACUCCGCAAGGUGGCUUGCAUUGGAGCUUGGCACCCUGCUAGAGUCUCUUACACAGUGGCUAGAGCUGGGCAGAACGGGUACCACCACCGUACUGAGGUGAACAAGAAGAUUUACAGGCUUGGUAAAGUUGGCCAAGAGACUCACACAGCCAUGACCGAGUUCGACAGAACCGAGAAGGAGAUCACACCGAUGGGAGGGUUCCCGCACUAUGGGAUAGUGAAGGAAGAUUAUUUGUUGAUCAAGGGAUGUUGCGUGGGGCCGAAGAAACGUGUGGUGACUUUGAGACAGAUGUUGUUGAAGCAGACUUCUAGGGUUGCAUUGGAGGAGAUAAAGCUCAAGUUCAUUGACACGUCUUCUACUGGUGGACACGGUCGUUUCCAGACUGCUGAGGAGAAGGCCAAGUUCUAUGGUAGAGUCAAGGCUUAGAUUUUUUUUUCAAAUCCCAUUAAAACAUUUUCUUUUUCGGAUUCGUUGUUUUUCGAGUUUCUUUCUUUGUUGGCCUUUUUGACGUUGGUACUUGUUCUUUUGACGUUUGAGCAUUCUCUUCCAUUUUGGUUUGAUUUGACUUUGAUUUUAAAACGCUACUUUGUCUAAAUCGAAGAGCAGAAAUCUAACCGCCAUUUGGUUCCGUUCUGUUUUAA